AUGACCAGACCACCAAAGCCACUAGGCGAGCGCAUCGCAGUGGGCAUCCUCACCGCGCUCUGCGUGCUCAUGGACAUCGUGACGGGCGGGCUCGCCGCGUCGCGCGCACACACGGCGCGAGCCUCGUCCUCGGCCCUCGGCACCAACACGGUGCUCGCGCUCGCGUCGUUCCUCGGCCUGUGGAUCCCCGCCGUGGGCGUGCUCGCGCUGGUGCGGCGCAGCGGCGUCGUGUCGGCGCUCACGAUCCUCGCGGUGGCCGUGUACGGGUGCUUCCUGUUCGCGCUGAGCGUCGGCGCGCACUAUGGCGGCCAGGGCGCGUUCCUCGCCGGCUGCGGCAAGCACCGCAAGGACUGCGACAGCCUCGUCGAGAUCGACGGCAUCUGGAUCGUGCCGGCCGCACUCCUGGUCCUCAUGUGCAAUGCCCUCUUCGCGGCCUACCUCUCCCUCACGCGCCGCACCGCCCUCCGCCUGCGCCACAAGGUCGCGCACCCCCGCCGUGUGGACCCGGUCGCCGCGAGCAACCAGCUCGCUGCUGCGCGCGCCGCGCUGGGCAUCACCAAGACGCCCGAGCAGGCUGUCCUCGAGACCAAGGACACGGGCUAUGCCGACCGGAAGGAGCGCGACGCCGAGGCCGACGCCAUCGCGGCUGAGGCAGACACGUCCAUGUCGACGCUGCCGUCGUAUGGGUCGCCGAGCCCGCGCGGGCCGCCGGCGUACAUCCGCAGCAGCCAGCUGCCGUCGUACGACACGGACGUGGAGAAGGGGCUCGUCGACUUUAAGAGCAAGCUGUCGACCGAGCUCGACGUCGCGGCCAAGAUGAGCCUCGACAGCGUGUACGGCGGCGUGGACAUUGUCGCGCACGAGCACGAGAACAACGACGACGACGGCGAGUGGGAGGGCGUGGACGAGGCGGGCGGCGCAGGGAGCAGCGACGAGAGCCGCUCGCUGUACCACGACGCCAAGUCGUCGCUGGCCCACGGGAGCGAGUACCACGACGCGCAGGAUGAGCCGCCUCUCCCCAGGCUGAGCCUCAAGCGGCUGAGUAACCUCAGCAAGCGGAGCGCGGGCAGCCGCAAGUCGGCAGGCAGCAAAUCGACAAAGUCGAGCAAGAGCGUGCGCUGGCGCCCGGCCAGCAUCCUGCCCCCGCUGCCGCUGCCGUCCCCGUCCAAGCGGCACACGGCCGGCUCGGAGGCGUACGCGCGCCGCUCGAAGCGCAAGUCUGCUCGUCCGCGCCCACGGGUCAGCGGCGUGCCGUUCUAG